AUGCUUUGGCACACAAUACUUGUUUCAUUGACGGCGGUAACUUUGGCACAAGCCGCUUCCGCUACAACUUCUGCAACUUCUUCUGCUUGCAAUCCCCUCUCAUCUUCGUGUUCGGCGGAUACCGCGUUGGCUACCGAUAUAAGCGUGGAUUUUACUUCGUCGCUGGAUUAUUUCAACGAGGAAUCUACAGAGUCCGGUAUAUCAUACGGAGAUGAUGGGUUGACCAUGACUCUUGCAAAGCGCUUUGACAAUCCAGCUAUCAAGUCCACGUUUUAUAUCAUGUUUGGAAGAAUUGAGUGCCUGUUGAAAGCUGCUAAGGGCCAAGGAAUAGUUUCUUCUUUCUACUUGCAGUCAGAUGAUUUAGACGAAAUUGAUCUUGAAUGGUUGGGUGGUGACGAUACUCAAUUCCAGUCCAACUUUUUCUCCAAGGGAAACACCACUACCUACGAUCGCGGCGAGUAUCACAAUGUAAACUCCGCUCCGCAAGACGACUUCCACAACUAUACCAUAGUUUGGACCGAAGAAGAGUUGGUGUGGUACUUUGAUGGAACCCCCGUUCGCACACUUAAAAAUACUACCUCUUCGGGUUAUCCUCAAACUCCAAUGUACAUCAAGGCAGGAAUUUGGGCCGGAGGAGAUCCGUCCAACGAAGCAGGAACCAUCGAAUGGGCUGGAGGAGAAACGGAUUACAGCGAUGCUCCUUUCAAAAUGUACAUUAAAGAUCUUAGUGUUAGCGAUUAUUCGACUGGCAAGGAGUACUCCUAUGGUGAUAAAUCUGGAAAAUGGACUUCAAUUGAGGCAAAGGAUGGAGAAGUGAAUGGAAGAAAAGGAAAGGCCGCAGUAGCCGAUAGUAACGAAUCUAAUUCUUCAAGUUCGACGGUAACUACUUCAGCUUCAGCUUCUGGUACAUCUGAUUCAGGCACUGCAGCUAAAAGUACUUCUGCGUCGACUCUUUCUGAAACCACUGGGAGCACCCAAGUUGGAAGUGAUGGGUCGUCUACAUCGACUACACUUUCCACUUCCUCAACAUCGACUACAUCUUCCACUUCCUCUUCGGCGGCUCCGUCAGUUGCAACAUCGGCAAAUAGCGGCGCAAUCAACGGUCAUAGCGCUGUUAUGUAUUUCGUUUUAGCGUGCUUUUUCGCAGCAUAUUGA